AGGUUCGCCGUCUCCACACGAGAGACUGGAAGAAAUGCGAUGGGGAAAUUCUACACAUGAAAGACACAGUUCCGUGCGUGUGAUAGAAAAUGACUGGCCUUGGCUGGAGUGUUGAGGCCUUCCAAGAUCAGCAACAUCUUCUGGACUAUCUCCUCUGCAAGAGAAAAGGAAGAGAGAUCUCGUGAAUAAAGAUAUAGAGGCAUU